UGUAGCGUAGCCUCAAAAGGGACGAACAGUUAGCACGAUUCGCUGCUACUAUUGAGUUUCUCGUUUUACUCAGGAUUGUUUGUCGUGGUUUUAAAGUAUGAACAAAGGAGAUCUUGCAGCAGGUCGGGGGAGAAGACCAGCCGUCCCUGAUAAAGUCGACAUGUCAUUAGAUGACAUCAUUCGGUUGAACAAAAAAGAACAACAGCUGAAAAGGAGGCAGGCCACUGUGAGCCGCCGACCAGUCAAGAAGAAAGGCCAUUUAACCCAAGGAAAGGGAGUUUCACCGCGGACUGCUGGACCGGUCCAGAGAGGAGGUGGCGCACGAGGAGGCGCACCUAAAUUGAGAAACAGAAGGGUCCCUCCCCUACCUGGUCGACGACGGGGUCAGGGGGUUAUCACAGGACUGGCAGCCAGGAGGCCAACGGCUCUGCUCAAACGGGUCGGCACACUCAACAGAGCACCAGUUAACCAGAAAACAAGACAGAAAACAAGGCCAUUCAUUCAACGCGCUGAAGCCCAGUACAGGAAGCCAGAGGGUCAGAGGUGGCCGUACAGGCAGCCUGAUCCACAGAGAGUUCAGAAUGCAACACCAGUCAGGAGACCAUUUCAGCUGCGACGACGACCACUGCCACCUGUCCAGCAGACUCAGAGGGAAGCACGCCAGGCCACAUUUCUUUUUCGCAGGGGACUCAAGGUACAAGCCCAGGUGCAAAAGCCAAAUCCUCGAUCUGCUCCGGUCAGAACUCGCCAGUGGCGCACAUCGACAACCAGCAGUGGAAUCUUGACCGUCUCAAUUGACAACCCCACAGCCAGGACUCAGCCUGAGCCUCCCACUGCUUGGACCCUGCAUCCCCCGGCUGCCAGCUCUGCUCCCAUCAAGGUGGACACGGUGGAGAAGAAAAUACCAAAAGGAGUGCCUCUACAGUUUGACAUCAACAGUGUUGGGAAACCGCAAACAUCGAUAACCUUGAACGAGCGAUUCCGUAUCCUGAAAGAUCAGCGAACCACCAUAGCACAAAGCAGUAAAGGCAGCCGAUUUGUUACCGUGGGUUAGCUGGUAAAAACACAGAGACAACUAAUACCCUGAAGCUCCUUUUGUCCUGCUCAGUCCCACACAGUGAUCCCCACUUUUCUAAUGGAUGAGAACAAUUGCUGACUUUAUAAGCAGGAGGGAGGGCAACCGUGGGACAAAUGAGUACAACGUGGACAACUGCUCGACUGUGAGAACUCGAGUGUGCAAGUGUCAAUGGAAGAGUUGGUUUAAAAUAAGUUCCCAUUCAUUGUCCAUAUCAUUAUAUGCAGCUAUUUGUAUUGUGGAUGUCCUAUACUGGGAAGGAAGGAGCUUUUUUCCGCUCUUUGGACUUAGAACUGUUGACACUAUUAAGAAGACUGAUUGGAAGUAUUUUUCAGAGAGGAUUGUUAUGUAUUUCCUGGAGUGGCACGUAUGUUCU